UGACACUGCUAUGACAGACAAGUGCCUGUUUAUGGCUUUCAUUUUUGACUCAUACAUAAAAAAAAAACCUUUAUUUUGCACAGGCGCUAUUGCUGAAAAAUAAAUCAGAAAUAUCUUUUGAACAUUUGAAAGAACUGAGGAAACAACAUUUAUUAUCACAAUGAUCUGGAGCCUGUGCUUGCUUUUUGUGGCUGGAGCAGUGCACGCAAGCCCGGUCAGGAAGACCAGCAAGACGGAAUACAAGGUGGCACCGCAAGAAGAAGUCAAUGUGCUCAUGUUUGGUGUCUUACAGUUUGGCGAAUCCCUAAACUAUGCUUAUGAAACCACUGAGGCAAAGAUAGCGAGAAUCAGCCGGUCUUUGAAGAACACUGAGAGAACUCUCCAAAAGCUGGGGAAACAGACUGAGCAGGCUGCAGAGGUGGAGAAACAGAUCAAAGAAGUGAUACAGCUGCUACAGACCCAGAUGGCCCAGCAACAUGCUCAGACCACAAAGACUAAAGAAUGGCUGACCAGCCUGGAGAAGGAAGAGCAGGAGCUGAGGACAAAAGUGAACCGGUUGGAGAUGCACCUCAGCAACUCUGUACCUCCAAGCAUCAAGGAGCUGCAGGAGAGAGCAGAGGAGCACGACAAAGUCUUGCGAGGCUUACAGCUUUUGACUCAGUUCCAAAAAGAGGAUAUUGAGAGUCAGAAUGAGCAGCUUGCCAAACUGCAGAAGAUGAGUGAAGUGCUGACAUGAUCCAGAUCUCAACUCCAUAAACUCACUGCACUCCCUUCCAACCUUGCUAUGGAUGCUAUAGAUCAACUGUACUGGCAGAAAAUAUAUAUUUUGGGUCCUUCAUAAUUACAUCCUUGUUAUUGUGCCUGUAAUCUAUAUUUUGUGCAUUAUUUUUGUGUCUUUACAUCAGUUUGCUUUGUAAAUUUGCUUUUUAAAAUAAGCUGUUAAAUUAUUAAAGAUUGUGUUUGGUGAACUAGUAUUAUAUGUACACGCUGUACAUAGAAUAAAAACAAUUUGUUUGUUUUUUGUAUUUUUAUGCUUAUAUUCUACAUGAAAAUAACAUUAGUAAAAUUUGUUUCAGAUUAAAAAAAAAA